AUGUCAACUGAACGAUUGAUAUAUAGUCCUAGACAUUUGACUGAAGUUACCUUAGAAGAGGGGGGAUUAAGAAUCACAGAUCAAUCGCUUGAAGUAUUGCACGGAAACGAUCAUAAUCACAAUUUUUUAUCAACAUGUUUACAGACAUAUUCCAAGUCUGGAAACUUGGAGUCUCAUAUUCCAUUUAAGAACAUUAUAUGGUGUGAAAAAGCGACAUCAGAUGAUUACCAGGACUUGUACGAAUUAGCAUACAUGUACCAUUCGUCACAAUCGUUAAAACCAGAAACUAUACAAAUUCAAAUUAAAUCUAUUGACCCUAGCCAAGUACACUUGACUUCAGAAAACAGUGAUUUAAGCAAAUACAUACUUUCUCGUGCUUACAAAAAUAGUUUGAUUUCCCCAUCAAUACUUGUUAUAAUAAAUCCACAUGGGGGCCAAGGUAAUGCUGUUCGUAUAUACGAGCAGAAGAUUUUGCCAAUAUUGAAAGAAGCACAUGUUAAUAUCACAUAUAAGGAAACCAAAUACCAAGGCCAUGGAAUGGAAAUAGCUAAGACAUUAGACAUCAAUAGCUAUGAUAUAAUUGCAUGCUGUUCGGGGGAUGGUAUUCCUCACGAAGUAAUCAAUGGGUUUUAUCAACGACCUGAUAAAGGAUUAGAAGCGUUUAAUAAGAUUGCUGUGACACAAUUGCCAUGUGGGUCAGGUAACGCGCUUACUUUAAGUACACAUGGAAGUAAUGAUGCUUCAAUUGCAACAUUGAAUAUGUUGAAAUCUCAAAGAGGUAAGUUGGAUCUUAUGGCAGUAACUCAAGGUUCCGGCGAUAAAGAAAAGACAAGCUUGUCAUUUUUAACUCAAUGCUAUGGAAUUAUUGCUGAUUCUGAUAUUGGGACUGAGCAUUUAAGAUGGAUGGGUCCGAUAAGAUUUGAUUUAGGUGUUACUUACAAGGUAUUUAAAAGAAGUAAGUAUCCGUGUGAUAUUUAUGUGAAUUCGGUAACUGAAUCUAAACGAGAUGUUUCUGAUCAUUUUGAUCAACAUUAUAAAACAAAUACUGGUCUUAAAACAUUAACGGCUGAAGAAUUCGAACUAAAGUAUCCAGGAUUGGAUAAAAGUCCACCUGAUGAUUGGAUUAGACUACCUGACGCAACAAGUGCUAACUUGAAUAUACUAUAUGUGGGAAAAAUGCCUUAUGUUUCGGAUGAUGCACAGUUUUUUCCUGCAGCUCUACCGAACGACGGUUCGAUGGAUAUGAUCAUUACAGAUACAAAUAUGUCAAUAAUUGAAACUACUUCUACUUUGCUUUCUGUGAGUAAGGGGACUCAUGUUUACAGUGAUAAAGUGCACCAUUCUAAGAUUUUAAGUUACAGAUUAGUCCCAAAACUUACUAAACCUGAAAACCACUAUAUUUCUAUUGACGGAGAGAAUUUUCCAACAGAGGCAUUGCAGGUAGAAAUUAUGCCGGGAAUACUAACUGGCUUAUUAAAUGACGGCAACUUUGUUGAUACAUCUUUUUCCAAGUAG